UAAAAAAAAACAAAUAUGGCUUGUAAAGGAUGCAACAACAGCUGCCAAUGUUCAACUGUGAAAUGCGGUGACAAUUGUGCCUGUAACCAGGAAUGCAACUGUGUUUGCAAGAAUGGACCCAAGGAUCAAUGCUGCUCUAAUAAAAAUUAAAUCUUUAACAACAUGACUUAAGAUCGGUGAUUUAGGUACAAAAGUUCCAGAGUUCUGAAGUUAGCUAAUAAGUAUUAAAAAAUAUAAUAAAACAUUUUGGCACAAAAAAACAUUAUAAA